AUCAAUUUGGAUGCUUUGAUUUCACUAAACGUGAACAAAGUCAAACUAUAUAUAUAUAUAUAUAUGUACUAAAGAACAUUUUCGCAGACAAAUACAUCAGAAUACAGGAUUUAUUUCAGACUUCAGUGCAAACCGUGAUGAUAGGUUACAUUGCACCUUAUGUGAAUCCGAAGAUUAAGAGUCAGAAAGCACAAAAUCCCACUUCUGUCAAGUAUGUUUCGUUCCUAAUCAAUAUGACGCUUAUGGUGUCGGUCACUGUCGGUUUGGUCGCUUCGUUUACUGCUGUGCGAGUUAUUCCGAGGUUUUUCAUGGAACGCGUCUAUCUGGUGUAUAUUAUGAUAUCUGUCGCCAUUAUUCCAUUACUUCUAAUUGCAUUAGUGCGAAAAAUUCGAUCGAACGUUUACGCUGUUCCAAUACUACUUUGGAUUAUGGUUAUAUUAUGGUCUGUGAUCUUUGCUGCUGUGUUCUCACCAUGUAAAUGGAAAUGUGCUUUGAUAGCUUUAGCCGUGACAAUUACGGUUACAGCUGGGGUGGUCUUGGUGGCUAUGAGACUACCACCAUUGAAUGUAAAGGGGUUCAUCUUAUUUUUGUCAAUAUCAGCCGUCCUUGGGGUUUCAGCUGCUGUUUUAAGCAUCUGUUAUCACUUGAUACCUGAACUAAAAAUGAAACCAAUAAUCUGCAUACUGCUAGCUGUUCCAGUCGCGUUAUUCACACUCUUGGUGAUGUUUAUUUUUGUCAAUAUCCGAACGUGGAUAAUGUGGUGGUUCACGUCCAACCCCAUGGGUUUUAUUCUUGCUUUCUUCAUUUGGUGUCACAUGAUAAGCCUAUUCGCACAAAUUUAUUCCAGCCUAGGAUUAUGUGAGGCCGGACUUUGUAACUUGUUAAAAUAACAUUUAUUUGUGGGUUGGUUGUCGAAUUAUUUUCGUUGAGCAUUCCCCAACAUAUAAUUAUUGUGCCUAAAUAUCCACUGUCAUAUCAAAAUUUGCUUCUAAUUUCACAUAUGCUUACCUCUCUUGAACACUGAUGAUUAACGUAAUCUUCAUAAAAAAUAA